GACUGUCCGGCGAACACAGGGUAGUAAGGAAAAUUCUUUGCUCUGUUCUAUCAAAGUCGUGUGUUCCAACAUGCGGUACCAGCAGCUGCCUUGGUGAAAAAGUAAUAAUGUGACUGUGCUUACAAAUGUGAAAUUAAAAUCCGUAAAUUCACCGAAAAUACGAUCCAAAAUAGCAUGACUAUUACGUUAAUUUUUACAUCAUAACAACCGGAACGCAACAUCAAAUAGUCAUCAUCAAGUGAUACACCAACAUCUGAGUUUUUCCAAUUCGAAAAAGUGUAGUGCCGUCUGUACUCCGAACUAGCAGGAAGAGCUAUAACAACAUGGCUGACCAGCAGGCAGUAAGUGCGCCAGAACAGCAGCCCCAACAACCGCAGCAACAGCAGCAACAACAGCAGCCGCCUCAACAGCAAACCCAGCAACAGCAGCCGCCGCCGCCACCGCAGCAGCAGCAGCAGCAACCGGAACAACAGCCUCCGGUGAAUAACAAACCGGUGGUCCCACAACAGCAAAAGGAAAUUAUUGCCACUAAGGUUACCGGUGUGGUCAAAUGGUUCAAUGUUAAGAGCGGAUAUGGUUUCAUCAAUCGUGGCGAUACACAGGAAGAUGUGUUCGUGCACCAGUCAGCCAUUGCUCGCAACAACCCGAAAAAGGCCGUCCGUUCAGUCGGUGAUGGUGAGGUGGUCGAAUUCGACGUUGUCAUCGGAGAAAAGGGUAAUGAGGCUGCCAAUGUAACUGGUCCCCAGGGUGAACCGGUAAAGGGCAGCCCAUAUGCCGCUGAAAAACGUCGUGGUUACCGACAGUGGUGGCAAAAGCGUGGUGGUGGUAAUGGCUCACGCCGACCACACUCCAAGGACGGUGAAGCGAUGGACGAUCUUGAUCUUGACGUUCAAAAUGGUGAUCAGCCACAGCAGCAACAACAGCAGCCACAGCAGUUGAAGCACCAACCACUUCAACCGCGCCGUGGUGCUGGCAGCUUCCGUCCACGUGGGCGUGGAGGAUAUUCCUAUUCUUAUCGUCCACCACCGCGAGGACCCCGCCGUGAAGGACCACCAAUGAGUGAUAAUGGCCACAUGGACCAAAAUCAAAUGAUGGAUGGUCAAAAUGGUCGAGGCCAAGGUGGACGUGGUGGCCCGAGACGUUUCUUCCGCCGCGAUUAUCACAGUGGUGGUGGUGGACGAGGCAUGGGCGGACCAGGUGGACCUCCACGACGAGGUGGAUACCGUGGUGAAUAUCAAAAUGAUUACCAUCAGAAUGGACCAGAACAACCACGCCGUAUGCCACCGGGACGCGGUGGCGGUCGUGCUCGUUUUCCACGACGCGGAGGACGAGGUGGCCAGAGGCCACGAAGUGAUGUAGGAGCUGGUGGCGGCAACAACAACGCUGUCCAAAAUACUACAACCGAAAGUUCCGCAUAAACUACUCGCAUCGGCAUCAUCGCAAGGCAGAGAAAACUCCACGCAAAAUGGUUACUGAUAACAACAACCACAACAUCACCGGAGAAACACCCCCUGAUCGAACAACAAUAACAAAAACAUCCUGGGGUGGUAAUUCUUCGGUGUGUUUUUGGACGUCUCUUGGAAGGAAGUCACUUACAGCGGAAACAAAAAAAGCAAAACCUAUAGAAUAUAGAAAAGUAUAAAAACCUAUACUAUUUUAAAUGUAACUAUUCAAUUGACAACCAAAUUGAAUAUUGGAUCGUGUUAUGAAACGGAAAAAUGUUUAAAUUUUGAAUCGAAUCGGAAAAGCAACAUAUGCAACUAACAACAGAAAAAAAGCAAACGCAAAAGCAGCAGCUCGAUUGAAAGAGUAGUGCGGCGGAGCACAUCGGGUUAGGUCGGACUUUACGAUUUUCGCUAGCUGGUUAAGCGUUCCUCUAACAGUGCAAAAAGUAUCACCACGUGAAUCGAAUAUCAUUGGCAGCCGGCUGUUGGUGCAACAACUUGAAUGAACUACCGAUGGAUACCUUUACCCCACAUACAACAAACGAUCAUUAGAAACACCCACGAACAACACACAUCAACAUACAACCACCACCAAAAAAUGCACAGUCUCGUUGUGGAGGAGGCCUUUCAACAUCGCGAGGCUUUUUUGCUAUCCUAGGAGGGGGAAGUCGACGGUUCAGGAUUUUGCUUGCCGAUUGUCGUGGUCCAAACUCAUCACACCGUUAGUUGUGCCGUUUCACUCCAGGCUACGGUAGGUCAACGACUCAAACAUCCCCGUGCAAGUAUAAUUCAUAAACACACUAUUGUAUUGUUUUUUCGUAUCGUUUUCUAAAAUUUAAAAUACGCGUCUUUUGUUGCCUCGGGAAUCGCGCCCGAGUGAUUAGGAAACGUUUUAUAAUAAAUUGCCAUCGCAUUCGAAUCACCCACGGGAAUCAAAAAAAUUAAAAACAAAAAAAACGGUAUCUAUCGUCAAAGUCGAAACAACCAAUAUUCGGUUUGGUUCAAAAUAAAGAGUUUUUGAUUUGCUAAUAAUUAAAGAACUAGUUUUGCCAGUUCAGAGAAAAACUAACAAGCCGCAUCUAUUUUUUGGGCAGCGGCUGUUGCCGUUGUCAGUUGCGAGGCUGUUUUUUUCUCUUUGAAUUGGCAGAAAUAUACCCAGGAGGAAGAAAUUUACAGAAUUACUAAAAGAAUACACUAUCCGUUUAAAAUCAAUUAAAACAGCAACAGUAGAGGAAAAAAGUGUUAAACUAAGGUACAUAAUCUAGCAAGAAAAGGAAAAGAGAAUAUGAAGGCAUCAGAUGUUUAGAAAGCAAAAAUGUCGCGAAAAGAGAUUAGAUCUUAUUUUCCGCCCAGUUUUUGGUCUCGGUUUUCUUUUUCUUUUCGCGCUCUAAUAUCGUUCGUGUUACUUUUUUGUUUUGUGUUUGCUUUACCAGAUAGUCACGAGCAUGAUAUUUUUAGUAUUUGGAACAGGCGCACUAAACGCGCUCCGCCUUUUUUUUUUAUUUUAAGAAGAUUUUUGAAAACGAACACAUCAUUGCGUACACAUUUAUACUACACCUAACAAUGCAGUCGAAGCAAAAAGUGAAGCAUUUUAUAUUGAUGUAUUUUGAAGCGUAGGAAUAUCAUUUUAAUAAAGCAUGAACAAAUAUCUAACCCCUCUUUCAACCAAAAAGUAAUAUUCACACACACAACAAAAGCGAAGAUACGCAAAUGAAUAUAAACACUCUAUCUAAACAACCUAAAACUGAAAGCAACAGCAAAAGGUAGAAUUGCGAAAAUGAUUAAAGGAGUGAAAAAAAGGAUUCAACAAAACCAGUUAUAUAAAAUCAAGCUAAUAAUCAGUAAGGAAUGAUAAAAUAAACUACUUAAAUAAGAAAAGAAAACAUGUACUAGUAAUAAAGAUAAAGAAAACAAGUUUGUUUGCUCCAAGAAGAGAAAAAUACAUAAGACAUAAGAAUGCGGUACAUUCGAGGUGAAGCGCUGAGGACUCAUUCUUAAAAUAAAAUCUAUAUCAUCAUACCCAAGAGACCGACCAUCUCUGCCGCGAGUGCGAAACAGCCAAGUGAACAUCAGCAAAGCAAAAAUAAAAAAAGAACUUACCGAAAAUUGAUUUACGAAAAACGAGAAAAAAAAUGGAUUAAAUCUGCAAAAAAAUUGUAAAAUUUAA